AUGCGGUUACAACAGAUCGCCAGCUUGUCGCUGCUGUCGCUCGGCCUGUUGACACGAUAUGUCGCUGCGAAUCCGGUGCCGAAUGCGUUGGCUUUCGCGGAGGCCGUUCCACAGGAUGCUUGUCCGAUAGACUGUGGCUCCAUCUGUUGUACAUUGUCCCAACAUUGUGCUUCGACCAGCACCUGCGGUGAAGGAGCCGCGGCGGUGGAGGACGGGUCAAAUGUUUUCACAUCUACCUUCCUCAUCACGAGAACUGAGGCGGCAGUCAUUACGUCGUUGGUGGUGUUCACAUCCACCGGUGCUGUUGCAACCGGAACCGGAACUGCUGCGAUGCCAACUAUGGGCAUUACCACGGGAGGAUCCGUCAUUGUCCCCUACCCGACGCUACGCCCUAGCGGAACUAAUACUUUCCUGGUCCCUAUCCCGUCGGGUACUGGCUUCAAUGAUGUCGGCAUCAUCGGCGGUGGAAGUUCCGACGGCGUCGCAGCGGGAGCGGCCGGAGGCCUCACGCCAGCGCAGAUUGGAGGAAUAGUCGGAGGUAUCCUUGGCGCGUUCUUCCUCAUCGCCCUGAUCUUGAUCUGCUGCUGCAUGCGCCGCGGCUUUAACGGAUUCGCCGGCUGGAUGAACUCUUGGGGACACAAGGAGACGACGCACACUGCCGCCGGUGGCGCCGCCGCUCACCACGGCCACAGCGGUGCGGGAGCGGCCGCAGGGGGCGGCAUGCUCGGUUACCUUCUCGGCCGCAAGAGCAGCACCCAGCAGUCAAGCGGUCACCACGUGGUUGCAGGAGGCAGCUCUGGCGUCGCGAAGAAGACGGGGAUGGCAGCGCUCCUCGGUGGAGCGGCAGCCGGUCUCACUAGCAUCUUUGCGAGCCGAAGGAAGACGCGCAUGUCGGAGAAGUACUCCACCACGGAUAUCUCGAGCGGCUACUACACCAGCGACAUUACGUCCAACACCACAUACACGUCCGAGAGCACAUCCGACUCCAGCUCAAGUUCCAGCUCCAGCUCCGAGAGUGGCCAUCCACACCACGGUCGCCAUUAA